AUGCGUGCUCUUGUUCUCCUACCUCACGCCUCGCCAUUGUUUACUGCUGCUUCUGCUGAUGAUGAUGAAACAACGCAAUUAAUAAUCAUGCCUGUUUGUUUGGCGAAAGAUGAAAGAGUGGCACAUUCUUGCCUUCUUUAUGGGCAACUUGUUGCAGUCAUCUGGACAUCCACACGUCCUUUUGCUGCUUUGAGCACCUUUCGUGUGAAAUCAAACCACCACAUCCGAUAUAAAUGGGAUGUUUUUAUUGAACUUUAUUCUGAUUGUUUUGUUGAGUUGGUUGAUGCAAAACAAAAGUAUUUAAUAAAAUACAAAACAAAUCGGUUCCGGCUGAGCCAGGAACUACGACAGUUAUAA